AUGGAACCGCUAUCAAAGAAGUCGAAAAAUGACAACUACGUUCGCUAUGAGGGACACAGGAAGACUAUAUAUGGUGUUGCUUUUAAUCCCUACCUCGAGGAGGAUCCGCUUUUCGCCACUGUUGCCGAGAAUCGAAAAGACGAAGCAUUUUUUGCGGUUUGCUGGGCAUAUGAUGUUGAUAAUCAAUUGCAUCUUGUGGUUUUUGCUGGAAAUCGCGGAAUAAUACGAGUGCUCGGAGCUCUUACCGGAGAGCUACGCAAUACACUGGUUGGGCACGGUGAUGCCGUGAAUGAUCUGCAAGUGUGCCCGAACGAUGGGCUGAUUAUUGCUUCGGCUAGCAAAGAUUUCACUGCACGAAUAUGGAAUAUCCAUAAUAGCGCAUGCCUGGCAAUUCUCGGGGGAGUGGAGGGCCAUCUCGAUCAAGAUUUCGAUGCUAGCAGCCAGUACCUGGCAACGGCGAGUAUGGACCAUUCUGUUAAAUUAUGGUACAUUGGAAAAGGAAGUGGUGUCGACCGACUGAUUGAGCAGUCCAAAGCUGAUCUUAAACUGGUUGAUCAGCCUGUCGAAAUACAUUAUCCGCGUUGUAGUACUCGUGACGUGCAUACGAACUACGUCGACUGCGUUCGCAUUUUUCACAGACUCAUAUUUUCCAAGGUGAAGCUUUCUGCUCUCCGUAAAUCAGUUUUCCAUGAUAUGUGA